GCGACGGGUUCUGACAGUUUGACAGUGAGUGGGAUUCCAAUAGGGUUACCCGGAAUGCACAUUCAUAUUUCCAUAGUGUAUGAUACAUUCUAUGACACCCAGCAAACAUUCUAUUACAGUAUGAUACUCUCCUGGAUGCCCAAUACAAUGGAGGCAUACGGCCACCAGAUGGAUAUAUAACUGGAGCUUCUGCUCUCUCGAGCCUGGGCCCGCCCUGCAGCUUCCUCCUCCCAAACUUCAACACAAUCUCCUACUACCCCUCUCCAGUACCAAAUAUCGCUCCUACAAAAUGCCUAUUCCAGUCGAAAAUGUCGGAUCUCUCCCACGUCCUCUAAUACUUCAGAAUAUGCUCGCCGCCUACGAUAAUGGGGAGGUAGGUCAACCCAAUGACGGGAAAUGGGAGAGAGGAAAAGCAUGCUAAUUCACACCUUCAGGCAACCUAUGAACAACUUGUUGGAGUUCAGGACGAGGCUUGCAAAGAUUCGGUUACGCGUAUGGAAGCGGUUGGGCAAACUUGUGUCACCGAUGGUGAACAGAGAGCCAGUAGUUUCGCUACUUACCCACUCGCCGAUACUCUUGGAGGCAGCGGACUCGCCGAAAAUUUGGCUUCCGAUGGGCAGUACUUGUUCGUUGACCUCUAAAACAGUGUGUGAGUGAAUGCUGACGAUAGUACAAGCGCCAUCUUUGAGGAUGGCCACCACCGUCAACUUCCCCGUCUCACGGGUGGCCCCUUUAGAUAUAAAAACUACGCUGCCGAUUUCCUAAAGCUAUCCAAGCCGUUUUCCAAGCUCCCCCUCAAGCAAGCUGUGAUCGCGCCAAGCAUGUUGUAUCUGCUCUACCCUCUCGAGGGAAGCAUUGAGGGAUACCCCCGUGAGCAAUUCCUUGACGAUCUCGUCAACGAGUGCGAGAAGGAUAUCCGCAAAUGUUUUGAAGCUGGUGCCGUCAGGGUCUCUAUCGAUUUUACCGAAGGUACGUACGCCCAGCGCAUCCGCAGUGAUAGUGUCUGACAAAGGCAAAACAGGUCGUCUUGCAUUGAAGAACGAUCCUUCCAACCCAUGGACUGGCCGCGGACUCUUGGAUACCUUUGUCGACCUCAACAACCGUGUCCUCGACCGUUUCUCCUCGGAGGAGCGCAAGAAUAUCGGCAUCCACACUUGCCCCGGUGGUGACUGCGAUUCAGUGCAUAGCAUGGAUGUCGACUAUACCGAUCUGUAAGACACCCCCCCACAUAGCAUAAGAAAUUUGCACCACACUAAGAUUCCAAAAGCUUCCCGAGCCUCUUCAAGAUCAACGCAGGUUACUUCCUAGUCCAGUGCGCCAGUGAGCCCGAUAAGGAAAAGGUCUACAAACUCUGUGGAAAUCAUUCCCGCGAUGACCAGGUUGUCUUUAUCGGAGUCAUCAAUCCCCUCAAUCCCGAUCUCGAGACUGCCGAGGAAGUCUGCGAAGCGUUGGUCGCCGCUGCAAAGCACAUUCCGAAGCAUCGCCUCGGCGCUACCGAUGACUGCGGAUUUAGUCCUUUCAGCACCGACCUAAAGCCCAAACACGGAGGCCCCGACAUCGCUAGAGAUCUGGCGUUUAAGAAGAUGAGGGCUCGGUGCGAUGGAGCUAAGAUGGCUAGCGCCAAAUUGGGUAUUUAAAUUCCUGCUCGUCUCAGGGUCAGAAUGGUUGUGGUGAGGGCUUCAUGCUUGAUUGUUUAUGUAUUCCUUUUAUGGUUUUCUAGGUUUCCAACCUCUAUGUCAUUAUUAUUCUUAUU